CGCGAACGUUUCCGGGUCACGCGGCGCCAAUACCGCGAGUCAUGUGAUACCAAGAUGGCGGCGCCGCUGUAGCUGUCUUUGGGUUGUGGCGUCCAAGGAGCGGGGACCGUUUCUGCCCUCGGGUCGUGGGGGCGGCAACGCUUGGCUGGUCCCUGCGGCGGCCUGUAGCCCCACGUUAGGUACCAGGUCAGGUCCGGGGCUGUUGCUACCACCGGUGGGUUCGGGGAAGUCCCGGUGACCUCGCUGCAGGUGCUCUGCGCCGGCCGUGCUUGGCAGAGGAGGGGGCAGCCGGCCUCCCUGUCUUCUGGACCUGCGGAGUUCAUGAGGCCUGGAGGGCCCUGGAGGGGAUACACCUCUGAGGGGCUGCGGGAGUUUGCGUUCUCGGGUGUGUGAGAGGCAGGCAAGUACCCCUAAGGGCGCAACGAAGUCGACAAAGACUGCUUCCUCUUGCGGAGGCCUGGCUUCCCGGCGUUGAUUGCCCCAGCGUUCUUUCUCACUUCCUCUCAAUGUUCUCUCUGCACAUCUGGAAAUAUGAUCAGCGCCCCUGACGUGGUGGCCUUCACCAAAGAGGACGAGUAUGAGGAGGAGCCUUACAAUGAGCCGGCUCUGCCAGAAGAGUACUCAGUGCCGCUCUUCCCCUUCACAAGCCAGGGAGCUAACCCAUGGUCCAAACUGUCCGGAGCCAAGUUCUCUCGGGACUUCAUCCUUAUUUCCGAGUUCUCGGAGCAGGUGGGACCCCAGCCCUUGCUGACCAUCCCCAAUGAUACCAAAGUUUUCGGUACUUUUGACCUCAAUUACUUCUCCUUACGGAUCAUGUCUGUGGAUUACCAGGCUUCCUUCGUGGGCCAUCCUCCUGGUUCUGCCUAUCCCAAGCUGAACUUCGUGGAGGACUCCAAGGUGGUGCUGGGAGACUCCAAAGAGGGAGCCUUUGCUUAUGUGCACCACCUCACCCUGUAUGACCUGGAGGCCCGUGGCUUCGUGAGGCCCUUUUGCAUGGCUUAUAUCUCAGCAGACCAGCACAAAAUCAUGCAGCAGUUCCAGGAGCUUUCAGCUGAAUUUUCCAAAGCUUCAGAAUACUUGAAGACAGGCAACAGGAAGGCCUUUGCUGUGGAACUUGAAAAAAAACUGAAAGACUUGGAUUACACCAGGACAGUGCUGCACACUGAAACGGAGAUCCAGAAGAAAGCCAAUGACAAGGGCUUUUACUCAUCUCAGGCAAUUGAGAAAGCCAAUGAACUGGCUAGUGUAGAGAAGUCCAUCAUUGAACAUCAAGACCUUCUGAAGCAGAUCCGCUCAUACCCUCAUCGGAAGUUGAAGGGGUCUGAUUUGUGUUCUGGGGAGAUGGAGCAUGCUCAGGAUCAGCCUGACCAAGCACCCACUACUUCUAACCCUGAUGAGUGUGCUGACACAGACCUUUACACCUGCAGACCUGCCUACACCCCAAAACUCAUCAAAGCAAAGUCCGCCAAGUGUUUUGACAAGAAGUUGAAGACCUUGGAAGAGCUCUGUGACACUGAGUAUUUCACCAAGACCCUGGCUCAGCUCAGCCACAUUGAGCACAUGUUCAGAGGAGACCUGUGCUAUCUCCUGACUAGCCAGAUUGACAGAGCACUACUAAAGCAACAGCACAUAACAAACUUUCUCUUUGAAGACUUUGCAGAUGAUGAUAGGAUGGUAGAGAAACAAGAAAGCAUACCCUCUAAGCCCAGUCAAGACAGGCCACCUUCCAGAUCUCUAGAAGAAUGCCCAAUUCCUCAAGUAUUAAUUAGUGUUGGCUCUUACAAGUCCAGUGUGGAGUCUGUGCUGAUCAAGAUGGAGCAGGAGUUUGGAGGUGAGGACUGUAAGGAAGUGGAGGUGGCAGAAAUGAGCAGUUUUGAUCUCCAUGGAAACUUAGACUACCUGGAUAUGGAUAUGAAAGGGAGUGUCAGCAGUGGUGAAAGCAUUGAGGUUCUAGGCACGGAGAAGUCCACCUCUGCGCUGUCAAAGUCUGACAGUCAGGUCAGCCUCGUGGUGCCACUGAGCCCCCAGGUGAUCCGGAGCAAGGCAGUCAGCCACAGGACCAUCAGUGAGGACAGUAUUGAAGUCCUCAGCACCUGCCCCUCUGAGGCCCUCAUACCUGAUGACUUUAAGGCCAGCUACCCAAGUGCUAUUAAUGAAGAAGAAUCAUAUGCAGAUGAUAAUGAGGGAGCCAUCCAUUUCCAGGCAAGCAUCAGCCUAAGCAAGCUGGAUGAGCCAGAGGAGGGCAGUUUAGAAAACACUUUGUCACAAGCAGACUCUUGCUGCAUUGGGAAGGAGAGUGACAGUCUGCUGGUGCCACUCACCACUCCAAUCCACACACUCUCUGACGAGGAUGGAGUAGUGAGCAUCCCCCCACAGCGCUACAGGCAGAAGGACCAGGGGUUCUGUGUGGACUUUGCAGUGGAAAAUGCCAACCCUUCUUCCCGAGACAACAGUUCUGAAGGCUUCCCUGCUUAUGAGCUGGACCCAGGCCAACUACUGGCUAGCAGGGAUAUCAGUAAGAUCAGCCUGGACAACUACUCGGACACCACCAGCUAUGUGAGCAGUGUCGCCUCCACCAGCUUGGACAGGACUCCCUCCUCUGCUCAUCCCACUGGCCCCUCUUUUGAGAGGCAUAAAAAGAGGGCUGGCCAGAAUGCCUUAAAAUUCAUCCGCCAGUACCCCUUUGCCCACCCAGCCAUCUACUCCCUGCUCAGUGGGAGGACACUUGUGGUCCUGGGGGAGGACGAGGCCAUAGUCAGGAAGCUUGUGACAGCAUUGUCCAUCUUCGUCCCCAACUACAGCUGCUAUGCCAAACCCGUGAAGCACUGGGUCUCCUCCCCUUUGCACAUUACGGAUUUUCAGAAGUGGAAGCUUAUUGGCCUGCAGAGAGUGGCAUCCCCUGCCAGUGCCAGCACCCUUCACGUUCUGAGCCGCUACAGCCGCUACACAAGCAUCCUGGACCUGGACAACAAAACCCUACGCUGCCCCCUUUACAGAGGCACCCUGGUGCCCCGGCUGGCAGACCACCGUACUCAAAUCAAGCGGGGCAGCACCUACUACCUGCACGUCCAGAGCAUGCUCACCCAGCUCUGCUCCAAGGCCUUCCUCUACACCUUCUGCCACCACCUGCACCUGCCUGCCCAUAACAAGGAGAUAGAGGAGUUGGUUGCCAGCCGGCAGGCAAGCUUUCUGAAGCUGAAUCUGGGUCUAGUGAAUGAAGAUGUCAAGGUGGUCCAGUACCUGGCUGAGCUGCUGAAGCUGCACUAUAUGCAGGAGUCUCCUGGGACCAGCCAGCCCAUGCUCAGGUUUGACUAUGUCCCCAGUUUUUUGUACAAAAUCUGAGGUCAGUUCCAGCCACUGUGACUCAGGGCACAGGAAAGAGAAGGGUUGGCGUGACAUGACCAAGCAGUCCUCUGAGCGGUUUAGACUUCUGGUGUCAUAGGUGGGAAGGAAACCAAGGUGGCUUCAGGCAGCUUGCAAGUUGGACUUGGGCAGAGGGAGGAGCCUGGCUCUCUGAAAGCAUCCAGGACAGUAACAGCUCUCUUGUCUCCCUGGUAAGAAGUGAACCUGGAGGGAGCUCUUGGCCUCCCAAGGACUGGUAGCCAGGGCAGAGGAAAGCCUCAGUGGGGUGGGAUGAGGGGCAGGAAGGCAAAGCCAUGAUGGGAGGACCAUGUGGCCACGCUCAUCUUCACUGAACACUUGAGUGGCAAAAUCAAGUAAAACAGCCUGUUAACUGGAAUGAUUUUGUGGAAAACAAGAGGGUGGAAUAUCUGUUGUCUCAUUCAAACCCCAACUGAAUGGCCUCCUAGAGCCUGUCAUCCCAGGGGAGGCCCCUGAGUGAGGGGAGGGAGAAAGCUCUGCCCCCGCUGGGUGGUGGGGAAUGCCAGCCUCCAGGCCCCAAUGCUGAGGGAGUGAGCAGCUCCCUGUCCCCAUCCUCACUUCCUCACCUUGCACAGCGUUCCCACAGGCAGCAGGAGAGAGUGGAGUGUCACUAGUCCCCAGUUGUCAGUGGGAACUGCUCUUUGAGGUAGAGAGCCCAGCCAGGGCCGAGGGUCCGUGAAGCCAUCACCACUGUGCGAGCGAUGAAGAGCCAGCAGGGCCUGGCCCAGAUGUAUUUUUGGCCAGAGUGAGUCAGCACUGUUCUCUCACCCAAAGCAAACCCUUGCAACCACUUCACUACCUCUCGCGGGGUCUCUCAAGCACGGGACAGCAGAGUUCUGUUCAGCUGGCUGGUGUGGGUGGGCAGCCCAGAUGGUGGUGAUUCGGGGCUGGGAUUUCCUCCAGGCAAGAGGACAGCUGUCUUCGUGGACCUGCCUGGCAGGUUGCACAGGCCUGGCGUGUGGGCACUUCAGGGCAGCUUACUUCUGCCCAUGUGUGACUCCCACCUUCUCAGGAGAUGUGCCCAGGUCCACCACCACAACCGCCCUGAGCUACUUACAGUUGCCACUGGUAUGUAGAUGGAGGGUUUCUUGCAACCUUGAUAAUUUGAUACCUUUCUUUUAAAGCUGUUUUCCCCCUUAAGUAGGGAGAACUCUCGGUAUUACUGCUUUUUAAUUUGUUCCCACAAAGUUGUGAUAAAACAACCCUGAGCCAGUGACAAGUGGUGCUCCUGGGCGCGUGUGCGUAUCUACUGGGGCCGUGCCCUGCGUGCUGAGACCUGGUCUGCCUGUCAGUGUGGGGCACACCAUUGAAGUCACAGAGGAGAGGCACACCUCUGGUGACUAAGGAGGGUUUGCGUCCCAUCACUCCUUUGGUCCCUUCCUCGCCCAGGUCCUCUGCACAGGAUACGGCCCGUUGGCUCCCACCCAGCAGUUUCUGGUCAGUCCCCAUUCCUGUCAGGGCAGGGAUUUCCUCCAGAAAAGAGGAAGGCCUUCUCACGUGGCUGUCUUUCUGGAUGUGUGAGUUUGCCCCUGAGGCCGUGACUGAGAACUUUGGUGGUAAAUGGUGUUGCUUACACUUGUUGGUUUCCUUGUACCUCCGGCUGUUGCAUGUUCACACACAAGACGGCGCUCCAGGAGCUGCCGGCAGCUUUGACAGGUGAGGUGUUGGCCUGCGGGAAGGCUGCACAGGAAGCCUGCUUCUCAGUGAGCUCCGGGCCUGCGACCGGCUCCCCUCCUUCGUGUUCAAGAUGCUGCUUUGUUUCUAACUGGGUGGCUAAUUGCUGUCACUUAGGCCUCCAGGAGCAUGAGCUCGUGCCAUCUUACCUCCAAGGGGAGAAAGGCCUUAGGGUCCCAGGGACAAGAUGGACAGUGACCGCUGGCACUAACACUGAUGUCUCAUUCCUGUUUCCCUCGACACGGACUCUGGUUAACACUGUUCUCAUUGGAAACGGACAUAGGCAGGGGAAACGGCCUUCUAGGAGCCCACAGCCAUGUCUGCCAUAGACGUCCGCUUUGGAGGGUGUGUGCUCAGAAGCUUGGCCUCAAGGACAGUCCCGAAGGCCUGAGGACUAAGGCACGGCAGUGGCUGUAAACAGGAGAGGCUGCUCCACAGCGCGGGCCAGAGCCCACGGGGCAGCGCACGGGAGCUGGUUCCGCACGGAGAAGUGCAUUGGCCUCACUGAGGAGAGGGUGAACUCCAGGAUUUAAAUUUGGGUUAAAAUCUAACUUUUCAGGGUGACAGUUUCAAAGGAUUGCCUGAUGCCCAGUGUGUUUCUUUUCAAAGGGAUGGAAGUGGCACUUGGGCUGGGGGGUUUGGGCAGAGGCAGUUGAGACUGAAGUGGGACCUAGCAGAUGCAGCUAUAAAGGGUAAUGGUGGGGAGCCCUAUGCAACGGACUGAUCAUUUCUUCAAGAACUGUGGUUUGAUGUUGUCCUGUAGUAUAGCCCAGUGUUAAUAAAACAUUUACAAACA